AUGCGUUCGGUGAUGAAAAGUCGCCUGUCAAAGCCUGAGCCUUCCCAUAUACAAAUAGAAAGGGAGAUUGCAGUCUCCCGGGCUUCCUCGAUUUUUCAGAUCAAACUCGAUGGUGAGACGUACGCCAUGAAGCUUUAUCAUGAUAAUGGAGACCCUGGAUACACGGAGAGCGGCCGAGACUUGAAUCGAUAUCGCUGUGAGCUAAAGGCCUACAUGAAUCUCCUUCAAUAUGGCGUGUGUGACAGCGGCUUGGUUCCAUCAUGCUAUGGUUAUAUCGAUCGGCUCGACCCAGAUGCAGCGAUCCUUCUCGAGUACUUCUCAACCGCCGAAUGCCUAAACUGUUUUAAUUAUUCAGGGGCCCUUUAUAAGAUGGCCAUCGAAGGUAUGAAACAGAUACAUAAAGCUCAUAUCCACCACAUGGAUAUAUACGCCAGAAAUAUUCUUCUAGUAACGGAAGGAAGGUCAAAAAGACUGGUGUGGGUUGACUUCGAUGUUGCAACGACCUUCGACAGUAUGGGACCUGAUGAAGAAGCGUACAAUAUCUAUGAAGAUACGCUUGUUGCUGGCUUGGAAGAACUUUUACAAGAAGACCAAAGACAAGGUCUUCCUCUCAAUAGUGCAUUCUAUUGA